AUGAUUUUUGUAUACUUUCUCCACAGACAGUCUCAAAAAAUAUAUGUGCCUCCAUCUGCAUUUUUACAGAGAGCUGAGAUUUCAAGAGAAAACAAGCUAACUCUGAUUCAUGAAGGUCCUCAAAAGCAUUACCAUCUACAUACAGAGAUAAACAUGCUUGAUGAAUAUGGGAGAGAAGUCAGAAAAUGGACUUGGGAAAAAAAGACACCCAGUAAACCAAACAAAAUUGUUCUUCUGGUGCAGGAGAGAGACGUCGGCAAGGCGACUCUCAUCAACAGCAUGGUCAACUACUUACUGGGAGUGAAGUUUGAAGAAGAAGAAUGGUAUGAAAUCACAGAAGAAGAAGAAGCCCGACAUCAAUCAGAAUCACAAACCUCUGAAAUCACCAUGUAUGAGGUCUUUCAUGUAAAGAGUCCCAUAUCACUCACCAUCAUUGAUACUCCAGGCUACGGAGACACUAGAGGACUGGACAAAGAUCUGGAAGUUGCUGAGAAUUUAGCCACUCUGUUUCAGAGCAAAGAUGGAGUUUGUGAAGUUGACGCUGUGUGUUUUGUGAUUCAGGCAUCUAAGAAUCGUCUCUCAGACAGACAACAUUACAUUAUCAGUUCAGUUCUGUCUUUGUUUGGUAGAGACAUUGUGAACAACAUUGUGAUCCUAAUCACACACUCUGAUGGUCUGCCACCCACAAACAUCCUUGGUGCAAUUAAUAAAGCUAAAAUCCCCUGCAGACGAGACAAAAGCGGCCAACCUGUUCAUUUCUUAUUCAACAACAGACAGACUGAAGUUCUGCUUGCUGGCACCAAUGGACAGAUGAACAUCCGGGAGAAUUGA